AUGUCCUUGGUGCGGUUUUUCUCCACGUCGCGGCCGCGAAAUGCGUUUCCGUCGGCGAUUCGCAACCUCCUGAGCCAGCACUCUAUAAACGUGCGGCCCGAGGAGUUUGAGCAGGACGCCCAGCAACCGAUACUCGAGCAUCUAAAGAAACGGAGACUUAUAGAAACAAUUGUCAAUGAGCCGGAGCUUUCACGGCUGGCGGCUGAGAAACAGCUCGGAUUGUACUGUGGAGCCGACCCGACAGCGAGAUCUUUGCAUCUGGGCAACCUGCUGCCGUUGAUGGUGCUGUUGCACUUCAAUUUGCGCGGCCAUCGAGUGACCCCACUGGUUGGCGGGGCCACAGGAACGGUGGGGGACCCGUCUGGACGCAGCACAGAGCGCCAGCAGAUGGAGCAGACCGAGCGGCUGGACAACGUUGCGCGGAUCCAGGCCCAGUUCGUGCAGUUCUUCAACCACGGAAAGCUGUACGCUGACAGCAGAGCCUCGAGCCAGCUGGAGCCCGGCCAAGUGCAGGUGCGCAACAACUAUGACUGGUGGAAAGAUAUGGGCUUUCUGGAGUUUCUGGCAAAGUACGGACGCCAUAUCCGCGUGAAUCAGAUGCUGGCAAGAGACUCUGUCAAGAGCAGAUUGGAGUCGGAACAGGGUAUUGGGUACAACGAGUUCACCUACCAGCUGUUGCAGGCAUACGACUUCUACCAUCUGAAACACCACCACCAGGUGGAUAUCCAGGUCGGCGGCAACGACCAGUACGGAAACAUCGUUGCUGGACUGGAUCUGAUCGACCGGCUGACUCCAGGAAAGAAAAGUUCUGCUUUUGGAAUCACUGUUCCUCUGCUCACCACGGCGAACGGAGUCAAAUUUGGGAAGAGCGCAGGGAACGCUGUGUUCAUCGACAAGAACUUCACGUCCUCGUUCAACAUGUACCAAUUUCUGUACAACACUUUGGACGCUGACGUUUCCAACUUACUGUACAAAUUCUCUCUGCUUCCAACGGGACUGAUAGCGCGGAUCUGCGAGUUCCAUGAGCAAAAUAAGUCCCUGCGGCUGGGACAGCGAAUUCUGGCGGUUGAGAUGUGCGAUCUGAUCCAUGGUGAGGGCGAAGGAGAGGCCAAUCUUCUGAUCAGCGAUGCGUUGUACGAGGAUAAAGAUUUUGAUGUUGACCGGGUGCUGGACGCUUUCAGACGCCAGAAAAUGCUGACCGUUGUUUCCAAAGACGAUCUGGCAUGCGCAGGAGCGCUGCUGCAAAAGUCCAUGGCCAACGUGUCCAAAAAGGAGAUCAAACGGCUGAUUUCUGGCGGAGCCGUUUCUGCUGGAAGAGAGAAGCUGAAAGUCGGCAAAUGGGAGGACCCGAUCGACGCGCAAACGGUCCUGGCCGACAAACUGCUGCUUCUUCGUGUCGGGAAACAGUUUCAUGUGUACCAAGUCGUGUAA